CAGAAGUCAAAAUAGAGUUACUUCCCUUGGAACAUUCCUCGAUCAUGGUUUCGCCUUCAUAGCGAUAGGAACGCAGUAAUGUCCUCCCUAUUUCAGCUGAUAUUCCAAGCAUGAGUUCUGAUGAAGAGGAUUUACCUCCCCCGCGGAACUUCCUCUCACUCCGAUCCAUGAUAAAGAGAGGAGAAGAAGAGGAAGCGUUUAAAUAUAUGACAGACCACAACUUAACAGCGGACUCUUUUGCGCGGAGGGUGAAAUCCGGAGAGCGGAAUGAUAUAUUUUGUCCAGUUUGCACAGCCGCUCAAUCCGGACGACUCAACAUAAUGAAGACUUUAAUUUCAAUGGGAUUUUCCUUUCAGAGUGCAAGUCCAACAGAUCUUGUGUUACACAUGGCGCCUGUACACUUGGCCUCAUACGGCGGCCAUCUUGCUGUUGUGAAAUCCCUUAUAGAAGAGUAUGGAGUUGACGUCAAUACUCGAGACGGGUACGACAACACCCCUGUCUACUGGGCCAUCAAUUCGCUGGACGCUAACCUUGACCUUGUCAAGUAUCUCAUAGGUGCUGGGGCGCCAGUAAAUAUGAAAAAUGAGAUUGAUAAAUCCUCCUUGCUCCAAACCAGUGUGAAAUAUGGAAAUACGGACGUCUGUACUUAUCUGUUGGCUCAAGGAGCUGACGUCACAGCACGUGAUCACAACGGAUGCACACCUCUGCACAUAGCCUCUGUGUGGGGUGACGAGAGUUCAGCACGUGCAUUGCUAGAAGCAGGAGCUGAUGUGCAUGCGCGUAACAAAUCUCGCGAGACCCCGAUUUUAGUCGCAGCGAAACACGGGAUUUGGGCGCUGAUGAAAAUGUUGUAUUCGCGCGGUGCCGAUCCAAAUGAUAACGACACGGAUGGGAACACAGGUCUUCAUUAUGCAGUUGUCAAACAGUCAUACGAAACUGUUUAUUACUUAACCGUACAUCUUAAUGUUGAAUUCUACGUGGAAAGUGUGAAAAACGAAACACCAUUUUGGUCUGCUGUGACGUCAGGCAAUUUGGACAUCGCUAGAUUGUUAGUGGACUCAGGCCAUAAGUCAUACCUGCCCACUGGCGAGGAUGGUGGCCUUGUGUUCUCUGUUGCUCACUUGGACCGUGGAAGCAAGGAGUCGUUGAUGUCGUACGUAAAGGCGGCUGUGACAAACCCGCAGUCGCUGCAGGAUCUGUGUACGUUCAGAGUUAGGCGAUCCCUAGGGCUCCAGGUAGGCACAGCUGUUGAAUCUCUGCCACUGCCUGGUAUUGUCAGAGACGUUGUCAGACUGUGUCAUAUUUCCGGCACUGUUUGAACCGUAUCCCUGGCACUGUGAGCCAUAUCCCAGACACUCCCUGAACUUUGUUGAAAAAUGACCAUAUCCAUGACACCCACCCACCAAUAUUCCAGCACAGUGGGGAUACGCGACAUUCUGAACCUUAUUCCCCCCAAACACUCUCUGUGGCGUGUUUCCGACACUGUGCGCAGUAUCACAGACAGUUGUCACCCCGGUACUGUGUGACCCGUACCCCGAACAGUCUCUGUGGCGUGUUUCCGACACUGUGCAGAGUAUCACAGACAGUUGUCACCCCGGUACUGUGUGACCCGUACCCCGAACAGUCUCUGUGGCGUUUUUCCGACACUGUGCGCAGUAUCACAGACAGUUAUCACCCCGGUACUGUGAUAACAGCAUCCCCGAACACUGUCUGUGGCGUGUUUCCGACAGUGUGAACAGUAUCACAGACAGUUGCCACCA